AUGUCAGAAGAGGAGGCAAAAUGCUGCAUUUGUCAUUUAGAGAAGGUAAAGUACAAAUGUCCUGCUUGCUUGAGAAAGACUUGCAGUGCCAAAUGUGUGGGAAGGCAUAAACUCCAGUUCGAGUGCUCUGGGAAAGCUGAUCCAACCAAGUACCAACCAAAGCCUGAGAUAAGACCAGAGACAAUCCAGCGAGACUACAAUUUUCUGUUAGAUGUUGGAAGACGGAUAGAUCUUUCGAAGCGCGAUGCUCAUACUGGAGCUAGGGCAAUGUUCAUAGGAGACCACAAUAGGCGACGCCAAUUCGGGCAGCGGAAUGAUGUUGAAGGAGUGGUGGUCACUCGAGGAGUUAAUGUGCGAAGGUCACCAAUUGGUAUGUCCAGAAGUAAGACCAACAAGAGCGGCUUUGAUAAACGGAAGAACGUGUUUGCAUGGACUGUCCAAUGGCUGCUGGUGGACGAAGAGCUAAAUGUCACGGCAAAGGCAAUCACCCACAGAUUGAACGAAACGGCAUUUCUCGGCGAUUCGGUACCAUUGAAACCUUUAGGUUUGUUGGGAGUUAGCGAUAAGGGUGAGAAUACAAAUGGAGAAGCUGAGGAAAGAAAACAGUUGCAUUUUUACUUUAAAGACCAAAAACAUCCCAAGAAUGUCACUUUCACCAAGUUGGACGGCAGCUGCACCUUGAUGGAGGUAUUGAAGGGCAAAACAGUUAUUGAUUUUCCUGAUUUCUAUGUGACUGAAUCUGAUACGGUUUCAUUCAAUGUUCGUGAAGAAAACGCGACCGAUAAUGACUCGAGUGAGGAUUCAGAUUCAUCAUCAGACAGCUCUUCAAGCUCAGAUACGGACUCCAGUUCCGAUGAAGAGGACAUAUCGGAAGAAGACACAGACGUUCCCGAAGAAUCCUCUUCAAAGCAUAUACCGGUACCGGAAGAUUAG